AUGAUCCGACCAACCGACCUUUUCCGAUCAAUUUAUGAUCUGCCUACCGAGCUGCUAUUCCAGAUCGGCGCGCAUUUCACACACAAUGAUCGCAACCAGGAUGUUCUCCAACUUUCUCUUGUCUCCAAGCGAUGGCGCAACAUCGCCCAAGAGUGGCUCAUCAAAGCCCCACGAUUCAAGCUCACCCACGUCGAUAAAUACAUCUCGCAGCUUAUACGCCAUGAGCGCCUGCAGCCUCAAGUCACGUCUUUGGAGAUUUGUAGCUUAAGCGAGCACCGCAUACCUCGCAACCAGUAUGGCCUAGCAAUCCGUCUCUACCAUCCCACAAGGGCGCCAGUUGGGGCGGACCCGGACUUCAUCGCAAGCGACGCGUUACAGUGGAAGGUAGCAAUGCGGCAAGAUUGCCUUCCAGCACUUUUGGCGGUGCUUGUCAGCAUGCUGUCGAACCUUCGAGAGCUCAAAUUGGGCAACACAUGGCUUAUGGAUUUCCCAAUCCUCAGCAAAAUGCUAUCGCCAAAUGUAAUCGCCUCGUCCAUGAUUCCGUCCCCCUGGCUUCAUCCAUGGUUGGAGGGCAUCAAAGACACGUUGCGGCCAAAGCUGGCGGUCCUGCGAGUCAGCGAAGCAGAUCCACAAACCCACCGUUUCGUGGAGCACCUUUACAAAGCUAAGAUAGGUGGUCACCUCCCCGCUCUGCGGCGCAUCGAGGUCUGCUACAUGCUCUCUAACAAGCUUGUGCUUGCAGCAAAUCCAGCUUUUCCAAAUCGAGACUGGGAUCCGACAUUGGACCUCCAGAAGUCUUGCAGAGACGCUGAGUUGGCGCUGUACGUAUACGUUCCAGACUAUGAGAUGGCGACAUGGGUUCUCGGUCGGUCGCCUUGGCUUUUGCGGGAGGAACAUGAUACAUUUGCAAGGAUAGCACAUGAUGCUUUUUGGAAAGCCAUUGGUCAUUUCGCGAUCAUGGAUGAAAGCGCUCGCUCGAUUCCAUACGAAGCAGAGUGGGAUUCGGAUGGAGAUCUCGUCAUGUGA